AUGUCCACGAUGAAUGUCCACGCUGCAUGUCCACGCUGCAUGUCCACGCUGCACGUCCCCACGGUGCAUGUCCACGGUGCAUGUCCCCACGGUGCAUGUCCACGCUGCAUGUCCAUGCUGCAUGUCCACGCUGCAUGUUCACGAUGCAUGUCCACGCUGCAUGUCCACGCUGCAUGUCCACGGUGCAUGUCCACGGUGCAUGUCCACGGUGCAUGUCCACGCUGCAUGUCCACGGUGCAUGUCCACGGUGCAUGUCCACGGUGCAUGUCCACGGUGCAUGUCCACGCUGCAUGUCCACGGUGCAUGUCCACGGUGCAUGUCCACGGUGCAUGUCCACGGUGCAUGUCCACGCUGCAUGUCCACGGUGCAUGUCCACGGUGCAUGUCCACGGUGCAUGUCCACGGUGCAUGUCCACGCUGCAUGUCCACGGUGCAUGUCCACGCUGCAUGUCCACGGUGCAUGUCCACGCUGCACGUCCACGGUGCAUGUCCACGGUGCAUGUCCACGGUGCAUGUCCCCACGGUGCAUGUACACGCUGCAUGUCCACGGUGCAUGUCCAUGGUGCAUGUCCCCACGGUGCAUGUCCAUGGUGCAUGUCCACGGUGCAUGUCCACGGUGCAUGUCCCCACGGUGCAUGUACACGCUGCAUGUCCCCACGGUGCAUGUCCACGCUGCAUGUCCACGGUGCAUGUCCACGCUGCAUGUCCACGCUGCAUGUCCACGGUGUGCAUGUCCCCGCUGCAUGUACACGCUGCAUGUCCCCACGGUGCAUGUCCACGCUGCAUGUCCACGGUGCAUGUCCACGCUGCAUGUCCACGCUGCAUGUCCACGGUGCAUGUCCACGGUGCAUGUCCACGGUGCAUGUCCCCACGGUGCAUGUCCACGCUGCAUGUCCACGGUGCAUGUCCACAGUGCAUGUCCACAGUGCUAAACAUGGAGGAUUACAUUUUAUCCCCAGGGGUCCUGCGGUUAUAA